GACCGGUGGAAAGAAACAUUGAUUUAGAAAUCCGAUAAGCUCGUGUUAGUUACCAAAACGCAGCAGAAUCAACUAUGAGUGAUGAUGCAACCAAAAAAAGAGGAAAGAGCAGUGGAAAGUCAACAAAAAGAAAAUCUAAGAGGAGGGAGACCUAUGCGGUUUACAUCUAUAAGGUUUUGAAACAGGUCCAUCCGGACACUGGUAUCUCAAGCAGAGCUAUGAGCAUCAUGAACUCCUUUGUCAACGACGUCUUUGAGAGAAUUGCCACAGAGGCGUCCCGACUGACUCAAUACAACAAACGCUCCACCAUCACAAGCCGAGAGGUGCAGACCGCCGUUCGUCUGCUUUUGCCCGGAGAGCUGGCCAAGCAUGCCGUGUCCGAGGGGACUAAGGCGGUCACCAAAUACACUAGUUCAAAGUGAAUUCCAGAGUGAAGGGGAGUAUGAUUUGCACAUCAGCUGAGCACUCACUUUAAAAAAAAAACAAUCUUUAGAGCUGAUCCCUUUAUAACUUUGGAAAUAAACACACUUAAACAAGCAUUUUUGCAUCUGCACGUUAUUUAAGAGGAGCCUCCCUGAAUAUGACCGCUGAAAUCUGAAUAAACAAAAUGAACUGCAUAGGCCUACUUCUAAUUUGCAAGCUGACAGCUUGUGCCGUUUUCCUUUAGGGGUUCAGAUUGUGCUCCCCUUCUGUUGGAAUGUCUCGGUUGCGCAUUCUCCCAGGUGUCUUGAAUAAAACCAGUCCCA